GAUUGGGGAGAGACGAGGCGGCAAUGGCAGCUAGACCCUCUACUGUUCUUCCUCAUCCUCACACACACCCUUCCUUGACAGCUCCGAAGAUUUCACCGGAAAUUGACCCUCUUUACGCUUCUAAGACUCUAGCUGCCUUUCAAAUUUGGGGACUUAACGAAUCGCUUCCGCAAACUUCGCAUGCCAAUGGCUUCUUUUCUAAAUUCAUUCGCAGUUUCAUUAACGUCGAUCGAGUCGAACGGGGUCGAAUCAUUUGCACAAUUUCUAUCAAACCUCCUAUCUCUAAUUAUUUUGGAACACUGCAUGGAGGGGGUCUUGCAUCUGUGGCUGAAGUGAUAUCUAUUGCUUGUGCUCGAACUGUUGUACCUGGUGAUAAGCAGAUUUUUCUCGGGGAAAUGAGCAUGUCUUACCUCUCUGGUGCUCCGGUCACUGCGGAGGUGAUAGCUGAUGCUUAUGUGGUGAAGAGCGGACGAAAUUUGACAGUAGUUUUGCUUGAGUUUAAGUUGAAGAAAACUGAGAAGCUAAUCUAUAAAUCCCAUGCUACCUUCUAUAACUACCCAGUUGCCAAGUUAUGAAGCCUUUGUUUUCUGGUAUAAUGUAACACAAUUAAGAUAGCAUUUUUAUAUAACAAUUCAUGUGAAGCUUAGAUACAUAGUGAUAUGCUCUUAAUUAUAUUUAUUUACAAAUCUUGUAUGCUUUAUGGUUUAUGACUGGAAUGCCAUGACAUUCAAUGUUUAUGCCAUUGCAAACCAAAUAACGAUUGGAAUAGAAAGAGACGGAUUGUCUCAUCUUAUUA